GUUUAAAAAAAAAGGUUGGAUAAUUUAGUACAUGGGUUUGCCAGUCUGAUAACUGUGGAAAAGCGGUUUUGGAAUAUUUUGUAGUGGAUUAUUUCUACCCGUGGAUGAACUGAAAAAAAGUGGCUGCCAUGACGACAGACGAGGCGGAGAGCGUUCAUACGAAACAGGUGUGCGAGCAGCAGCAGGAAGAGAAGGACCCCGCUGCUCAGGAGCCCGGCCCCACUGACACAGCUCAGGACAGCCCCUCUGGCCCUUCGCCGCCCCCUGGGGGCUCGGAGGACGAACAGCAGCUGAAGCCGCGGCAGCGCACCUCCGCUGGCCGCGGCCUCUCCCGCCUCUUCUCCUCCUUCCUGAAGCGCCGCUCACAGUGCUCAGAGGGUGAGGGGGUGGAGACGGAGAGAGUCCGGGAGACAGAGGGCCAGGACGAACCCAAAGCUCCCAUUGCGGACCCCGAACCAGAACUGCGCAUAGAAGGCGAUGUUGCUCUAGACCAGCACUCAAUCAGCAGUGCUGAAAACCAGCAAGUCGUAGCAGAUCUGAAAGAAAACGCCGAGCUGGAGUCUGUAAAGGGAGAAAAGGGGGAGAAGGGGGAGAAGAAGGAGAAGAAGGAGAAGAAAGAAAAGAAAGAGAAGGAGAAGAAGGAGAAGGCAGAUAAGGAGAAGACUGAGAAGAAAGAGAAGACGGAGAAAAAAGAGAAGGCAGAAAAGAAAGAAAAGAAGGAGAAAAAAGAGAAGAAGGACAAGAAGAAUGAGGACAAGGCCAAAGCAGAUGAGGCAGAGAAAGACAAGGAGCGAGAGAAGGUGAAAGAGAAGGAGAAGGAAGAGCCCAAAGCACAAGAUGCAGCGGCAGCAGAAACAGAAGCAAAGGAAGAAGGAGAAAAAGAGGCAGAGAAAGAGGAGGAGAACGCUGUGGUGGAGGAGGAGGAGGAGGAGGAGGAUGAGGGAAAGAAGCAGAAGGCAUCUCGCCGCCCCAAGAUCAUGCAGUGCAAAGUCACACUGCUGGAUGAUACCCUCUUCGAGUGUGAGCUGGAUAAACAUGCCAAAGGCCAGGAGCUGUUCGCAAAGGUGUGCGACCACCUGAAUCUUCUUGAGAAAGACUAUUAUGGCUUGGCUGUAUGGGAGACGCCAACUGUAAAGACAUGGUUGGACUUUUCCAAGGAGAUCAGACGGCAAGUACAAGGCACCAAUUAUGAUUUCACGUUCAAUGUGAAGUUCUACCCUCCCGAUCCGGCUCAGCUAUCGGAGGACAUCACCAGGUAUUAUUUGUGUUUGCAGCUGCGUAAAGACAUCAAGAGCGGUCGCCUGCCCUGCUCUUUCGUGACCCUGGCUCUGUUGGGCUCAUACGCCCUGCAGUCUGAACUGGGCGAGUACGACCCAGAGGUCCAUGGCACUGACUACGCCAAAGAGCUCCACCUGAUCCCAGGACAGACAAAAGAGCUCGAGGACAAAGUCAUGGAGCUUCACCGCACCUACAGGUCUAUGAGUCCAGCUCAAGCUGAUAUGAUGUUCCUGGAAAAUGCCAAAAAACUUGCCAUGUAUGGAGUUGACCUCCACCAGGCAAAGGAUCUGGAUGGGGUGGAUAUAAUGUUGGGUGUUUGCUCCAGUGGUCUGAUGGUGUAUAAAGACAAACUGAGGAUUAAUCGUUUUCCCUGGCCCAAAGUUCUCAAAGUCUCCUACAAACGUAGCAGUUUCUUCAUCAAGAUCCGGCCGUCUGACAUGGAACAAUAUGAAAGUGCCAUUGGCUUUAAACUGCCCAACUAUAAGGCUGCCAAGAAACUGUGGAAAGUGUGUGUGGAGCAUCACACAUUCUUCAGGUUGACGUCCACAGAGGUGGCCACAACUCCCAGGAAGUUCCUUGCUUUGGGAUCAAAGUUCCGUUACAGCGGGCGUACCCAGGCUCAGACCCGUCAGGCCAGCUCCAUGAUUGACAGACCCGCCCCCCAUUUCCAGCGCUCCGCCAGCAAGAGGGCGUCCCGUAGCUUAGAUGGAGCAAUGGUCUCGACCCCGGAUAAGAACGCCCGUCCCGUCAGCGCUCCCAUCAUGUCUCCCAUCUCCCCGGGUGAUGCGGCCCCUUCUCCAGUGGUGACAUCUGCCACCCGCACAGACCGUAAAGAGACGUCCACGCCCACGGGCCGCCCGCGCUCCACUGAGAGGAAGAGUGAAGUGAAGACAGAGGCACAUGUGACGGACAGCUCCAAAACACAUGGCACCAAAGCAGAGGGCGCAGCUGAGAUCAAGACGGUAGCCCGGCGAGAACGGCGGCACCGUAACACCCCGGUGGUGACGGCCACCAAUGGGGAGAGAAAGAGCCAGUCGCCACGGGCGGACACAGAGGUGGUGCGCAUGAGGAAGAAAAGAGCUAAGAAAAUUGAGGGUGAAACUAUUUAUAUCAGACAUAGCAAUUUAAUGUUGGAGGACGUGGAUAAGACACAGACAGAAAUCCUGCGUCAUCACACCAGUAUCAGUGAGCUCAAGCGGAGCUUCAUGGAGUCGGUUCCGGAGCCACGGCCUAGCGAGUGGGACAAACGUCUGUCCACUAACUCGCCCUUCCGCACCGCCAGCAUCAACAGCCAGCUGCAGCCUGACUCUCCUGUGGUGAAGACAAAAACUAUCACCAUUUCUGAUGUCACCAACUCACUUCGUGGUGAAGUCGCCACCAAGGACGUCCCGAUAGUGCACACAGAGACCAAGACCAUCACUUAUGAGUCUGCACAGCCCAAUGCUCUGUCAGAGAAGGAGUCUGGGAUGCUGCUGAGUGCUCAGACGAUCACAUCAGAGACUGUGAGCACCACCACCACAACACAGAUCACCAAGACGGUGAAAGGCGGAAUCUCAGAGACCCGUAUUGAGAAGAGGAUUGUGAUCACUGGAGACACUGAGAUUGAUCAUGAUAAGCAGGCUCUCGCUCAGGCUAUAAAGGAGGCAAAGGAGCAGCACCCUGACAUGUCUGUCACUAAAGUGGUGGUGCAUCAGGAAACCGAGAUCACACCUGAGUAAGACCUGUAUUAGACACAAGGUGAAAAUCUGGGAUCAAUCGGUUUAUGAAUGUCAAAAAGGAUCCCUCAUGUCCAGCCCCUUCCCACCAGCCUGCCAUGCCCACCCAGUUCUCCCAUGGACAAACACUUCCUGUAGCAGCACACACACCGCCAGCUGUGACCGCCACAUUCCAGACCCUAAACAUCUGUCAGACCUUGAACGUCUCAUUCUGCAAACUGAGCCUCCUUACAUUUACUCCUAACCAAUAAUUCCAAGGAACAAAGGCGAGAUCUCAUCCACUUCUCGGGACCUCGGACGGACUUUUCCAAAAAACCUGCCUGACAUUCGGUGACGGACUAAAACAAGUUAAACAAAUGUUUUCUAAAAACACAUUUUUAUCUCCAAUUCAAAUGAUAUUUUUAAGUUGGAUUGCAAAGGGAUGGUUUAAACAUUAACAACUGGGUGGUGGGAAUUUAAAGGACAAUUUUCUAAAGUGUCAAGUUGUUCUUUUUUUAAUUGAAUUGAAUUUCAUUUUAUUCUUGCAAUUGGUUGGUUUGGCAUCUGAUAAUGUUGUGACAGUUUUUUCGUUGAGACAGGGCAAAGGAGUAUUUUUUUAUAAUCUAAAACACUUAAAGGAUAAGUUCACCCAAAAAUGAAAAUUCUGUCAUAAUUUUUUCACCCUCAUGUUUCUAAGUCCAAGUUCCAAGAAUGAUUUUUUUUCUUCUGUCACCGUGCAACACAAAUGAAGUUUGCAUCAGAAUGAAAUGGUCACAGACAGUCAAGCACAAGCAUGACAAAAAAGCACCAUAAAAGUAUUAUAAAAGUUGUCCAUAUGACCUGUGCGCUAUAUUCCAUGUCUUCUGAAGCUGUAUGAUUUUCUGUGAAGAACAAACUUUAAAGGGAUAGUUAACCCAAAAAUAAAAAUUCUCAUCAUUUACUCACCCUCAUGCCAUCCCAGAUGUGUAUGACUUUCUUUCUUUAGCAGAACACAAAUGAAGAU